GUGAAAUUCCCGUAAGAAAGAUGUCGAGAUGAGAUGAUGUUAUUUCAAUUUGCCGUGUGCCAGCCCAAGAGAUAAAUAAUGGCACGCCAUAGAAAUAUUCGAGGGCAGAACUAUGAUGAAGAUUAUGAAGGCUAUGAUGAUGUCUAUGGCCAUUCUGUGGAGGACGAUUUCAUGUAUGGUGCAUCACCUUCCACAGCUGAGCAAUUCUUGUACCGACGUGGUCAUCAUGAGCUUUCAUCGUAUCUAGAAGAUAUCGGAGAGGAUGAUAGAAACAGUGAUUCCGAACAACCGCUAGCUGAUUCCAGAAACUAUGAAAGACCCAAACUCAGUGAUGUAGAUGAAGCUCGACUACAGUCGUGCCUUGACGAGAUCCGCAAUGUAGUCGGAGACACCACGCCCGAACACGUCCUCAUCGAUGCAGUGGUCGCGAACAAGUUUGACUACGAGCGAGCGCUAGAUGCCAUCUUAAACAAGCAAGAAACCAACCACAAGACAAAGAUAGACACAAGAACAGACCCAACAUUAGUUACCAAAAGCAAUCCUAACUCACAAGAUGCUUACGCACAGAGUAGUCUAGGUAGGGAUGGUAGGGAUAGUGAUGUACACAAGUCAAAGGUUAAAGGUCCCCAUGUGAUGAACUCUUAUGGAGGACAGGGAAAUGCAUCUUCCUUCUCGAAUGUACCAGUUGCAAACCAAUCUGUGCCUAGUAAAUUUCAGUCUUAUUACGAUAAAGUUGCUGCUGACAAUGACUUGGGCCGUUUUGACAUGGGAAGCAGUAGUACUCUUCCAGAGAGCAAGGAAAGCACUGGACGUGGGUUUGAAACGAGGGUUUCCUUGGGUGAUAGUAGUGGACAUCAUCAAGGGACUAUGCAAUUUUACCUCAAAGAUGUGGCGUACAGUCCUCAAAGUCAAAUGCAAGGUCAAAUGAAAAGUCAACUCCCAGAUAAGGCUGGUUUGUCUAUGCAAGCAGGUGGAGUCAGCCUGGGAGAAUUGUCACGUAUGCAAGAAACUGGAACUAAUGCAGCUUUAGGAAAGCCAUCUGGGCGUGUCCAUCCACCUGGACUUGGUCCAGCACCCUCUACGGGAGUUGGUCCAGCACCCUCUAUGGGACUAUCGGACUUGGCAUCCAGUCACUUGACUGAUAUGGGUACUGGGAAGCCAUUGAAACCUGUUAGAGGAAGAGUUGUUGGUAAAAAAUCUGGAGCCCCCUCACUGGCAGACUUAGCCUGUGGACAAAGCUCUAUCAAAGUCAAGGAAAAAUCCUCUGUGCCCUCUAAUGUAUCAUUAAGUGCCUUGGCAUCAAGUCAGCUCUGUUCAUCAAUUGUUCCUUGUCAGAAACCACUCAGCAGCACGAAGAAUACUAUGCAAGCAAACUUGUCCCUCGCUGAUUUAGCGAGUGGUCUUCGACCAACAUCGUCCACCAUUCCACAAACGAACAAACAGGGUCACACUUCGGGUUUGAGAUCUUCACUUUCAGGGAAUGUAUCAUUGUCAGACUUGGCAUCCAGUCACUUGUCAUCAUCUCCCAAACAAUCUCUACUGACCAACAAGCAGAGUGGUAUGAAAGCACCUGGAAUCAAGUCUAUUCCAUCUAGUGGCCUAUCAUUGUCAGACUUGGCAUCCAGUCACUUGUCAUCAUCUCCCAAACAAUCUCUACUGACCAACAAGCAAAGUGGCAUGGAAGCACCUGGAAUCAAGUCUAUUCCAUCUAGUGGCCUAUCAUUGUCAGACUUGGCAUCCAGUCACUUGUCAUCAUCUCCCACACAAUCUCUACUGACCAACAAGCAAAGUGGCAUGGAAGCACCUGGAAUCAAGUCUAUUCCGUCUAGUGCUGUAUCUCUAGCAGACCUUGCAUCCAGUCACUUUUCUUCCUCCCCCGGUACAUCAGCAAUGGGUAGUUUGUCUGAGAUUGUGGGUGGGACAGGAGGCACUACCACCACAUUGAGCGGUGUUUCUUGUGCUGAUUUGGCUAAUACUAAUCAACCUAGUUCUCCUAAACAUCCUCUUGGGUCACAGAUAGGAAAGAAAAAUGAGAAAGAAUCAGAUAAUAAAUCUUCAGCAUUUAGUCUCUUAAAUCCACAAUCUGAGCAAACAAGCAUCCCAACUGCAAGUAAAACAAUGUUCGGGACAAAAGAAGCAAAGGCUGAUCAGAAAGGAAUGUUAGAGUUAGGAACUCUGAGUAGUCGUCACGUCACUGACAAGAAAGGUAGCAUGGAAGCUUCAGAAGGUCUUCAAAGGCCUCGUGUUACACCAGGCUUUGAUUUUUUUAUUCGACCUCCAAGUCAUUCCACAUCUUUGCAACUUGAUGAAAAGCGUCAACCUCAACCGCACGUCUCAGGGAUCCACUCCAGGAACAACCGGCAAUCAAAUUCAUCAAGGAUAUCAAAUAAGAUGCAACCCGCCAAGAAUACCUCCUCAAAAUCUACCAUGCAUUCCAAACCUAUCCUGAACUCUUCGGGUAUAUCUGCUACCGUGUCCACCUUCGGUAACGCUCUUUGCCAUCAAUGUCAAACGGCUUCUGCAAAAGCGAAGAUGAUAGCGCAAGGCAGGAUUGGGUAUCACGGGGUUCAACGGCGAGUCCUCCACAGGCAGUUCUCGUUCGAGAGACAGAAGAGCAGAAAGGAGGAAUCCAAGGAAGAGAGCUGGCGAGAAGUUCAGCCGUUUGAUUUCUCAACUCCUUCACUGGAUGAUAUUGUGAAGAAGCGGCAACAGGGUGCAUUCAUUCCUCUGAAUCAAAGGCCCCAGAGGACAGACAACACAGCUGAGCUCGACUCGAGGUUACGCUUGGACCAGACCGUCGACGAUUCCGCAACCCAGAUCACGAGGCUCCGCUUUGAAGGCAAAGAUCCCAAACAGGGGUUCCAAGUCAACGUUGAGGACACGAGUAAAGGGAAAUCCCCUGGAGGAGAAGGAGGAGCCGGAGGAGGGGAAGAUGAGACAAAAGUUGAAGGAGCAGGGUCACGUAAAGGGGCACUUUCUCCCACAAGGUUAUCAGAGACCAGUAGCAGUAGGAGAAGUAGCAGGGAAUCCCUUCCCAAUGUUUCCAGUGAAUCGGACCUUCAAGCUUAUUCCUCAGCAACAUCAACGCCUAGUAGAAAGGAGGGCAGAAAAGCUUUAUCAGUCGAUAUCGCCAAGGAGCUUGAGAAGCGGCAGGCUGGCAAGGAGCUUCUGAAUCUGGUGGUCAUUGGUCAUGUGGAUGCAGGCAAAUCCACCCUGAUGGGUCAUCUUCUCUACCUCUUGGGUCAGGUCAACCAGAGGGUUAUGCAUAAGUACGAGACAGAGUCGCGUAAGCAGGGCAAGGCAUCGUUUGCAUAUGCUUGGGUGCUAGAUGAGACUGAGGAGGAGAGGGGAAGGGGCAUCACUAUGGACGUCGGUCUGACGCGCUUUGAGACGACACAUAGACUAGUCACCUUGCUUGAUGCACCAGGACACAAAGACUUCAUCCCUAACAUGAUCACUGGCGCCGCUCAGGCUGAUGCUGCCAUCCUAGUAGUAGACGCAACGAGGGGCGAGUUUGAGACCGGCUUUGAGUCCGGAGGUCAGACGAGAGAACACGCCCUACUAGUGAGGUCUCUCGGGGUCAGACAGCUGGUGGUGGGGGUCAACAAACUGGACACGGUGUCAUGGUCUGAAGAGAGGUUCUCAGAAAUUGUCAAGAAGCUGGGAGCGUUCCUGAAGCAGGCAGGUUUCAAGGAAUCUGAUGUGGUUUAUAUACCCUGCAGUGGACUGACUGGUGAGAAUCUAACAGAGCAGGCGAAAGAGCCCGCACUCACAUCAUGGUACUCUGAAACGUGCCUACUGGACCAUAUAGACAAACUGAAGCCACCGAAGAGAUCAACAGACCAGUCCAUGAGGUUAUGUGUAUCAGACGUCUUCAAGGGUAUGGGGUCAGGGGUGAGUGUCUCAGGGAAAAUCGAAACGGGUAGCCUUCAGAUUGGAGAAAAGAUCAUGGUGAUGCCUGCUGGGGAGAAUGGGCUCAUUAAAGUAAUCACAGUACACGAUGAAGACACAAGGUGGGCCUGUGCGGGUGAUCACACUACCAUAGUCAUCACAGGUGUCGAUCAGAUGAAUCUCACGAUCGGGAGUGUGAUUUGUACCUAUCAUGACCCCAUCAGAGCCUCGACACGGUUCCAAGCUAGAGUAGUCAUCUUCAACAUUGAGGUCCCUCUAACUAAGGGCUUUCCAGUACUUGUCCACUACCAGUCAGUGAGUGAGCCUGCUGUCAUCAAGAAGCUAGUCAGUGUUCUUCAUAAAAGCACAGGAGAGGUUGUACAGAAGAAACCAAAAUGCCUCACCAAACAGAUGAAUGCAAUCAUUGAGUUGGAGACGAGCAGACCGGUAUGUCUCGAGCUUUACAAGGACUAUAAGGAGUUGGGAAGGUUUAUGCUGCGGUACGGAGGCUCCACCAUCGCAGCCGGAGUUGUUACUGAGUUGAAAUAUUGAGCAUCUAUAGAGAAGCAGCUGACUUGCCUGACUUAUCUACAACCUCGAGAAACUGGUUCAUUGUGAAGUUCAACUUUGACACUGGAGAUCAGGGGGGUGUUUCACAAAACUUGUCAUCAGUGACAAGUGACAGUUUUUGUUAUAAGCUACUGAAAUCCUUGCUUCUGAUUGGUUAUCAGCAGAUUUGUCACUGAUUUUAGUAAUUUGUCAUUGAAAAAAAGCUUUGUGAAAUAGGCCCCAGAUGCAUCACCUGUGAAUUCUCUUACUGCGGACUUCUAACAUAGGGACAAGAGUUCUACACUUCAUGACUUGCAAUGCAUGUAAACUUGGAGCAGAUACAAUUUUAUCAACAAGAAGCUCUGUCAGGACUUUUGGAAAAAUGUAGCAAUAACGUACGAAGAUAAAAAUUACCCUAGGGCAUUUUGGUGCUUUUGUAAUGGUUUGCUGGAGAGCUAUUUUCAUGCAUAUGGUAUAGUUUUAAUGAUCCACUAAUACGUAAGUAUUCGUGUGUUCCCUUGGUCUCUGGUAGUUCACUGUUACUGGUAUACUUUAAAGGGAUCGUUUAACAAUGUUAAAUCUAAGAUACACGGCCCUACGUACUAUCAGUGUCUGUGAUAUGGUGUAAAAUCGAAG